AUGGCGGGCAUCUUCCGCCACGCCAUAUCAUGGCUCUACACUGCCCUUGCCGUCUCCAUACUCGUCGUAUGGUCCCUCCUCGCCCUUGCGGGUGUCGCUUUUACCGCCACCGAUUCCGAUCCAGGACUUGUCCAGCUCAUUGCUCUGCCGUCCCUGUUAACCUUCCUGGUGGCGAAACUCGUCGUCGCCGCCGCCUCGACGCCGACCACCACUGCUGCCGGGGAAACCAUCACUCGCCGGAAUACAACGGCAACCUCUGGAGCCCAGCCGUCGUCAAGCGGCAGUAACCUCGCCACCUGGGUCGCGACGGCGGACCACGGCUCCCCGCAAGGCGCGCUCAUGCUCUUGCUCUUCUCGGCGACCUGGCUCCUCUACAUCACACGCUUCGUCUUUGCACUCUUCUCCAUGGUUCUGCUGAGCGCCUUCAUCGUCCUCGCCGCCUCGCUCGAGGGCGCGGACAGUGACACCGGGAAGAAGCCGUCCAACGACGAGGGUGUGCAGGGGGGCUUCACGGCGGCAUUGGCCGACCUCGAAGCGCAGUCCGGCACCGGGCUCGUCAAACAUAUGGUCGAGCAUCCUUGGGUUUCUUUUGAGACCCUCGCGACGAUUUGGUCCGCAUACGCACUGCUGGGGAUGUACGUCGCAGCGUACGCCUUCGGGGCGACGCGCAAGGUGUUGACGGCGCCGCUCGAGGCGUGGACCAGGGGCGGCGAGGACUUGGCGGUGUUCCAGAGGUAUCGGGAGGUCGAGACGCAUGUCCUUGGAGGUGAAAGGGGGAGGUCUGGCUUGGCGGCGAACUGA